UCGCACUACCCGACUUUCCCUUUUGAACCAGCAUGCAUUGCCUCUUCCGGAAGUCUUCUGGAAACCCCAUCUUCACUUUCAUAACCGCUUGACACGUUCAUGCUCCCCCAGGCCUCCCCGAGUAUUAGAGUUUCCAAACAUCAACUUACCGACUUUCUGGACUCUCCAAAGGUUCACCGCCAACGAAACUGGCACAGGGCUUGGCUUUGAGACACCCCUAUCUAGGCGUCCUCUGAGCCGCGAUUCUACGCUACGGUUCAACAGGCGUUACACGCACAAGCAUCAGAUGAAAUACAAUAGUGGAAUCGAGACCGUCGGUAGUGACAUUUCGAGAUCUCAACGUUCGAACCAAGUGCCUUUCCCAAGCCUCAAACCGGGAAUACCUGUCUUUUGGUGUCGGAAGCGACGGACAACAAACACAACGGUACCACUGGGGCAGCUGUGCUAUUGAUUUUCUUCAACCACGUGCCGAAUGUCAAAGUAGAUCGCUUCAUAGGAUACGGAAUGGGGGCUUCAAUUCCUCACUGGACUAGUUUCUUGACAUUGUUUGGGAAAACCACGUAUUUGAUGCGCAUCACCUAUUGCCUGCCGUAACUCGACCUGAAUGUUUUUGCCUACUGGUCCCCGGAGGUCGAGUCCGCACUUCCGGGCAUCACGAUGAUAUACUUUCCUGGCGCGAGCGCUGCAACGUCCUUUCUCCGACAUCUUGAAGCAAUCAGCCAAGCGGCCGCUGCUCAUUAUGUCCAUAAAAGUGUGCAGAGAGGAGCAUCGGUGGCUCAAAAGUGAACUCUGUCUGUGCCUUAUUCAGCCCGACAGACUGCCGGAGCUCCUGGUGCAGCCUCCGUUCUCUGGCGGUAAUAUCACCAAGACCUUGUUCCAACAGCGUCAGCCCGUUUUUGGAUGCUUGGGUUCUAAAAAGGGUAAUCUUGUGGCGCGACGUUAUUGAAGCGGCGUUGUACACAAACGCUCAGCUUCCUCUUGUGGACCCGAGUUUGAGGCCUCGCUACAGCCUCUGAUGCUGAUUUCGUACAAUAUGUCCGAGCUGGAGUCUCAAGAAUCGGCCUACGCCUCGUCAUAUGGGAACAUGUAUCCCAAGGCAGCACAUGAGGGGAUUCAUCGAAUAUGGCCACGGCUGGUUUGGGUACUGUUAAAGCAAAGCGUCUCAGAAGAAUCCAUUCCCAUGGGAUUCAUCUAAGCGUCACAAACGUCUGCCUAGAGUAGCCUGCGAGAUAUCACAAGAUUCACCAUACCUUUGCCCAAGAUACGUCCCCACUCGCAACAGACUUCCAGAGGUCUGUACUUUAUCAGGAAACUCACUGUUGGGUGGCCUCGCGAGCACUUCUCAGUGGGUCACGACAUUCACAAGGUUUGAUCACGGCCACGAUUGUGGGACGUUCUGGCCAAGCUCAGCUCAACCCAACACCGCAAAAUGCGGCAGAGAUGCAUGAUCAACGCCCAGGCCCGAGAUCACGAGUGAUAUAACGGCGGGGCUUCUGCUCCCGCUGCCGCCGUCGCCGCCGUUAUAGAUAGACUCGGCGGUACUCUG